AAAACCCUUUCUCGUGAGCAGCGGGUCCAGUUCUCUUAGUCGACGAGCAAGCUUCCCAUACUCCGUCGGACGCCGUCCACCGUUGUUCUGCGUGGUUGUUCUCGGGCAAGCAGUGAAGAAGGUUCGAACCCUAGGGCUUUUUCUAGUCCCAAAAUCCGGGUGCAAAGCAAAUAAAAUGUCCAAAAGAGCAAUUUCCCCCUGCGUUUUGACUCCAUGAGUCACAUUCUUGAUUGAACAACAUGAGGUUUACUGUAAUUUCUAGAUUACUUCCUCGUCGCCACACUCUACCCAGUACAUGUGCACUCGGGAACUCUCGUGCAUUCCAGCCUGAUUUUGUACCCAGAGAUCCAAAGGCCAAGCCAAGAAAGUACAAAAUUCCUCAGUUUUAUGAUCCUUAUGGUCCCAGACCUCCUCCUUCAGAGAAAGUUGUUCAACUUGCAGAGCGAAUUGCGGCACUACCUGAUGAAGAACGCAGCCAAAUCAUGCCUACUCUGGCAGAGAGACUAAGGCUUCCAAAGUUGCAGCCAAUUUCAACUGAAGGCAUGGACUUGGCCCCACAGGGUGGCGCGGCUGGACCGAAGGCUGAGGAGAAAAAGGCAGAGAAAACAGCAUUUGAUGUCAAGUUGGAAAAAUUUGAUGCUGCUGCAAAGAUCAAGGUGAUUAAGGAGGUCAGGGCAUUUACCAGCCUGGGUUUGAAAGAGGCCAAAGAUCUAGUUGAAAAAGUACCAGUUGUGCUCAAACAAGGGGUCACUAAAGAAGAAGCAAAUGACAUGAUAGAAAAAAUUAAAGCUGCUGGAGGAGUAGCAGUUAUGGAGUAAAAGUAUUGUUGGAGGCAAAAACUAUAUUCUUUAAAAUUGCAGUUUGUCCUGGGGGCCAUCAGGUCAACCUUUUUAAACGGUUCUAUGAUGAACUCAAAACGAUUUCAGCCGGUUACCAGUUGAUGUAUUCUUUCACUCCUUGCCAUGAUUCUCGUGCGCAUGACUACUCCAUGGUAAUUGUUUGAUCGUCUAUUUGUUAAAUUUAUUUUUUAAAAGCUUUAUAUGCUCAUGUUAUCUAUAAGAAAUCAAACUGAGAUUAAGCCCUUGGGUACCAUAAUAUUUCUCUUUUCCCUUGUAGGGAAAAUGGGAAAAAGAAAAGGUGUUGGGGUGGUGAGGGUGGUUUAAUUCAUGUUUUUUUAUUAA